AUGAGCAGGUCAGGUCAGCCUCCGGAUCUCAAAAAGUACAUGGACAAGAAGCUUCAAAUCAAGCUGAAUGCAAAUCGGAUGGUUGUUGGAACACUUCGUGGUUUUGACCAAUUCAUGAAUCUAGUGGUUGACAACACCGUAGAAGUGAAUGGCAAUGAAAAGAAUGAUAUAGGCAUGGUGGUGAUCCGGGGAAAUAGUGUGGUUACUGUUGAAGCACUUGAGCCAGUGGCCAAAAAUAUGCAGUGA